CACAGUGUGUGGUCGCAAACUACUUCUUCCUCUCGAUUCUCCUCUACGAAACCCCUUCCAAACCCAACGAAUUAUACUAAAAUUUCGUCACUUUUCGAAGACCCUUUUCUCCUCCUCUGUGUUUCUAUUAUCCCUUCUCUUCGCUCAUCACAACCAUCAUGGCUGAAGCUGAUCAAAGCUUUCCAGAACAUGCCGUGGAGCAGGUACAAGAACCUGAGAACUUGGAGGAGAACUUGGAGCAGAAUUUGGAGGUGAACUUACAGCAGGAGUCAGAGAAGGAAUCAGAGCUGGAUCCACAGCUGGAGGUGCAGCAGGAUUCAUUGCUGGAGUUGCAACAGAAUUCACAGCUGGACUUGCAACAGAAUUCAGAGCUGGAAUUACAGCAGAAUUCACCACUGGACUUGGAGCAGAUUUCACAGCAAAACUCACAGCAUGAUGAUACACAGGUUCAACCAAAACAGGAGCAUGAGGAUGAUCCAGUGGUUGGAGGUGGUGAGAAGAGGUGGCCUGGAUGGCCAGGAGAGAGUGUCUUCAGGAUGUUGGUUCCUGCACAGAAGGUCGGUAGUAUAAUUGGACGUAAGGGGGAGUUCAUUAAAAAAAUAGUUGAGGAGACAAGGGCUCGUAUCAAGAUACUUGAUGGUCCUCCGGGGACAUCAGAAAGAGCGGUAAUGGUAUCUGCAAAGGAGGAGCCUGAUGCUCACCUUCCACCUGCUGUGGAUGGGCUUUUGAGGGUUCACAAGCGCAUUGUGGAUGGAUUGGAGGGUGAUUCUUCUCAUCCAUCACCAGCUUCUGGAACCAAGGUUUCUACAAGGCUGCUAGUCCCAGCUUCACAGGCUGGAAGUUUGAUUGGAAAACAAGGAGCUACUGUCAAAUCUAUUCAAGAAUCAUCCAGUUGUAUUGUUAGAGUUCUUGGACAAGAAGACCUGCCUGCCUUUGCCCUUCAAGAUGAUAGGGUUGUUGAAGUAGUCGGAGAUGCAGCAGGUGUACACAAAGCAGUGGAGCUUAUUGCAUCUCAUCUCAGGAAGUUUUUAGUUGACCGCAGUAUAAUUCCAUUAUUUGAAAUGCACAUGCAAAUGGGGAAUCCUCAGAUGGACCACAUGCCUCCUCAUCAAUCCUGGGGUCCACCUCAGGGUGUUCAUGCUCAUGCUAGCAGUGGCCCUGGUUUUGGUCACAAUCCUCAAUACAUGCCACCUCCAAGGCAACUUGACAGUUAUUACCCUCCAGCUGAUAUGCCACCUCCUAUGGAAAAGCAGCCUCAUCAAGGUAUUUCUGCAUAUGGAAGAGAUGCUCAGAUGGGUGGCCAUGCAUCAUCAAAUCCCCAAUCUGCACCAUCAAUGAUCACACAGAUCACCCAGCAAAUGCAAAUCCCACUUUCUUAUGCUGAUGCAGUAAUUGGGACAGCUGGUGCUAGUAUCAGCUACAUUAGACGUGCUAGUGGGGCAACUGUUACUAUUCAAGAAACAAGGGGUGUUCCUGGGGAAAUGACGGUUGAAAUUAGCGGUACUGCAUCACAAGUUCAAACUGCCCAGCAGCUAAUCCAGAAUUUUAUGGCUGAAGCUGCAGCACCAGCCCAGCCACCACCGGCUGGUGGAUCUGCAGACCAAGGUUAUAAUCCUUAUGCGGCACAUGGUUCUAUGUAUGCAUCUCCCCCAUCUAACCCAGGACAUGCUGGCCAUGCCGGGGGCUAUGGCUCUGUCUAUGGCUCAAACUAUGGGUACUAAAAACUUGGGUUUGAUUUAGAUUUUCAUUAUUGAAACCAUAAAUGGACAGCAGAUCAAGUUAGCAAAAUACUAAAUUGUUUUAAUUGAGUACUGCCAUGGUAUUUGUACUUCUACUGCUUCUUCUCACUGUAGUGUUGGACAUCAUUCAGUAAAACUUGUUAGAUUUGUCGUGUGCAUUAGGCUUACCAUAUUUUUUAGCCAAUUCAAUACUUCUGCAUUCUUUUGGACUUUUUCUCACCUUAAUCUUUCCCUUAACUUGAGGGGUGGGGGGAGGACUGUUACACAACUCAAGCAUGGAUCCUAAAGAAGAAGCCCAGCAACGUUGGCAGCAAAUAGAAGUCUAAAUUGAAC